AACAUCCAUGAUGUUGGGUUCAUUGACCCACAUAUCGUUAAUGGACAUGUGUUAGAACAUCACCACAAAGACAUGGAGAAAGACCUGUACAAGUUUCUUAGAAAGCAUCAACUCAAAAGUCAUAUUCUAUUUCCUUACCAUUUUGGGUUCCACUGGAUUCUGCUAAAUAUUGAACUUCACACCUCCACAGUUCUAAUCAUGGACUCUAAGGAUUCGGAUCCAAAGCGUUGGGCCGACAUGAGAAAAAUGCUGCAAAAGGUUUGGAGACGGUUCUCAGAAGAAACUGUCGGUGAAUUCAAACAUGAGCUAGAUUUCAGAAAGUUAGUUAAUGUGGAUAAGCAGCCAUCGGGGACCGAUCUAUGUGGAUACUAUGUUUGUGAGAACAUCCGGAGACAAACCACUGAGCGGAAGGCAUCAGCUAGCGUGCGGAACGCGACGGAUAACUUGCGGAGGAGGCUUAGUCCAGAAGCUCGCUUCCGACCAAUUCAAGAAGAAUUAGCAGGAUUUUUCAUGAGGGAAGUCAUCAAUCCUAAAGGACAACACUAUACCGAGGACGAAGAAAUUUAUAUGCAUACCCGAGAUUGAAACUUGUUCGAAGUUGUAUAUGGUCAUCCAUCCUAAUUGUGUAUGGAAACUUGUUCGAAGUUGUAUAUGGUCACCCGAGAUUGAAUAUAUAUUAUAUAUUCCUCUUGAAUUCUUCUUGUUUGAAAUUUCAUAUGCAUGUAUAUAGAAGCGUAGAAUAUGUGUACUGAAACUUCAUCAAAAAUAAAAUAAAACACAAAAUAAAAUAUAAAACAAAUAAAACACUACAAAUUAAAAAGAAACCAGGUUUAGGGGGGCUAAAACCCUAAACCUGCGGAGGAGGCCUUUAGUCCCGGUUGGCCACGAGAGCCGGGACUAAAG